GAUGCGGUUCAGUGUUCCAGCGUAUUUUUUUCAAGCCGAGAGAAAAAGGACUGACUGACGUUCAAGCGGGUGGAGACUACUACGUUUAAAUCCCACGGCUUGUUUGCCCCUUUUGCCUUCGUUUUUCAUGUUCCUUCGAGUGCGGGCGUCCUUAACACCUUAUUAAUGUCGUAAUAGGCUGAUUUGUAAGGGCGUCGUGGUUGGGAAGUUUUUCCGAGGGAGGGUUUUCGGCCAGCGAAGGGCCAUGGCAUUCGAGGCUCGGCCGGAGCUAGUCGGGAAGAGGUUCCUCUGUGUCGGCGGGGACGAGCCGCCUGAAAUCGGCGACAUCGCCCGGUGGCCGUGGAGGUCCGGUGUCAUUCGAGCUGUGAACCAUCGAGACAGUGACAAUCUCGACUUGACGGUAUACGUGGAAUUUGAUGACCAGGAAUGGGAGAAGAGAGAGUGGGUGAAGGUCUAUGACGAUUUCCAGCUGUUUCUCCUCGAGCACCAGCUGGUCUGGGCCAAGAGGAAGGAAGGAGCAGGAGGAGCGGGAGCAGGUGGAGGAGUAGGUGGCCUGCUGCAGGGAAUCAAGGCUAAACACAUACAGUGGCCUGCCCUGGCAUUUAAGCCAGUGGUGGGUAAGAGCCUGUUGUCAUCAGUAACAGCGGUGGAAUUCUUACUCGACCGACAUCUGGACUUCCUGUCUGACCAUUCAGCCUACCAACCCUACCAGGAUGAGGUGGACAGUCAGAAUCCAGUGUUAAGAGACAAUCCCCAGCUCCAUGAGGAAUUGAAGGGUUGGCUCAAAGACCAGAAAGUGCAGGAAAUUUUUAUGCAAGGUCCCUAUUCAUUGAAUGGCUACCGUGUGCGCGUCUACAGACAAGACUCGGCCACCCAGUGGUUCACAGGCAUCAUUACACAUCACGAUCUUUUUAGCCGAAACAUGGUCGUUAUGAAUGAUCAGGUGCUGGAGCCUCAGAAUGUGGAUCCAUCCAUGAUCCAGAUGACCUUUCUGGAUGAUGUGGUUCAUUCCCUACUGAAAGGAGAAAACAUCGGCAUUACCUCCAGACGAAGGUCGCGAUCCAGUCAGAACAACAAUUCUGCACAUAUGACGGGAGGGAGACCCGGCGGGACCACUGCCAACACUCAGAGUCAUUAUACGCGAGCCCAAGCAAACAGCCCCCGUCCAAUCAUGACUUCAUCGGGCCCCAACCCAAAGGGUUCUCAAGGGACGCUGGCCUCCCAGAGUCAAUCAUUGCAAACAUCCAGCCAAUCGCACCAUUCUCCCAGUGGCAACGCACGGGAACAGAGAGAACAGCGCAACUCUCGCUCGUCCCGGAGGAAAGGAUCGGAUAGCAGCGUCGCCGACGACGACAGAGACAGGAGAGAAGUCGGAGGCAAAGACUCGAAGUCAAAGGCCAAACAGGCAAUAAACAAACGCAGGAAGGGCGAGGAUGAAGAGAAGAAGGCAGGUCUGAAGAGACUGAAGACAGACACGACGACGUCUGACUUCUCGGAGAGCAGCGACUCUGAAAACCCGCACAAGAGGACGGUCCAUUCGUCAUGCUCCUCUUCGUCGUCCUCCUCGUCCUCCUCGUCCUCCUCGUCCUCUUCCUCGUCCUCCGAGCCCAACUCUGAGAAUGAAUUAAAGACUCGCAGCAGUGAUGUGAAAUCAAAAAUGGAGGAUGAGGAGAAGACACUAAUUCAGGCUGUCAAAAUGAACGAUUCUUCAUCUCCCAUGGGUCGCCUGUCCCCGUGGACCGAGCUUCAAUCGACAGAGGACGGCAAGGAAACAAGCAAAAUGAUCACUAAAGAGGAGGAAGAAUUGGUGGCAGUGACGCAGAUCACCCAAUCUCCACGGCAACAGAUGCCUCUCAUGUCUGACACUCUCCAGGCUACCAACCUCGAGAGUAGCAAGAACACUGUGAAAGUCUCACCUCGAUGUCAGACACCUUCCUUGUCCCACCUCCACGGCAGCGGCGUGAUUGACAUCACAGAUGAUGCGCAGGCCACCGUGCAUCAAGAGAGUUCCGAGGCCGUGUCAGCUCUGCUGGCUUCCCAGAAGGCCGAGUCCACGGCCCUCUCACCUUACCUCACCUUGCAUCCGUCCCCCGUUUCCUCGCCUCCUGUCCCUCCAUCACCUUCACCCUCGGAAGGUGGCCGAAGGACAGAAAUGGAGCCUGUGGUGCAGCAGGCUCUAAUAGCAAGCCGCAGCUUAAAUAACAAGAUGGAGUUUUCUUCUUCGGAGGUUAUCAGACCUGUGACUUCAAUGGCUGAUCCUCUGAUGCUGAUAGACAAGGAAAAAGUCGUCAUUCCCCAUCCUUUUCUUCAUCCACCUCAUCAACAGCAGCAACACUACACGUCCGGCAUCAAAAGUCCGUCUUUAUCUGAGGAGCAAAGCAAACAGCCGCACCACCCUGACAAGAUGAGCACCACAGUCCUCUCCACUGACUUUACAACCAAAAUGAACCCUAACCCAACCUCCCUCGACUCCAUCAAACAAAAAAGCCAGCAGCCCAACAACUCCCCGAGCCAUCCAUACCCCAGCACAAGUCCAGCAGACCAUAUCAAGUCGAAGCCCCACUUAGCCCUGGUGGAUCUGUCCAAACCUAAACCCAAUACCUCUCCAGAGGUGUCGAAACAUAAAAUGCCAAGAUACUGUGAUAGCUCCUCCCCUCCAUCAGGUCGUUUGUCCGCUAAAGUAGAAACAACUGAGCCUCCUCGAUGUGGUUUUAAGCCAAUAGCAUCUCACUCAGAGUCAGGUGGGGGCAGCAGCACCACCACCACCACCACCAAGAGCCCUCUAAUUAUCGAUAAGAAUGAGACAUUCACUGUUUACAGGGACCCAGCUCUGAUCUGCUCAGACAGUGAAAACUCCUCUAACCAUGUGGCGGCAUAUCUCCAUCCUCACCUACACGGCCUCCACUCGCCAGCUCCCCGCUCCCCUUGCCUGACCCCUUCAUCCCACCCACAUGCUGCCUCUCACCUCCUUGCUCCUCCUCACACAUCAGGCCUACCUCACCCACACCUUCUACCCCCUGGGGUUCUCUCAGCCAUGCCUCCUCCUCACGCAGCGACCCUCUUGGGGGGGCACCCUCAGCUGGACUCCCCUGGAGGUCUAGGUCACCUUGCCCUACCUCACCAGCAGCAGCAGCAGCAGUUCCUACAGGGUCAGGGAGCCCCUUCAGCUCUGCUCAGCCAGCCUCAUAGUGGAGCUUCGACUUUGGGCAUCUACCCCAUCAUUUGGCAGUAUCCCAAUGGAACGCCGAGUUCCUACCCACAAGGGCUCAACCUACCUCCCUCAACUAAAUGGGUUCACCCUGAAAAUCCAGUUGCUGUCAAUUCUGAGGUGUCGCUCCGAAAGAACGCAGCCAGCCCAUGGUUGCACCAAGCUGUCGGUAGCGCAAGUGACAGUUUGGGUUUGCUGAGUCACGUUCCCGUACGACCCGCCAGUGCUGACCCCCACCGCCCCUCUGUUAAAAUCAACACGCACGCCAGCCCACCGCUGUCAAAGAUCAGCGUGGACAUUCGGAAAGAAGAUGUGGAUAAGAGAGGCUUUAUGGAUCCAUUAAGAACAUUAACAUUAGCCCAGCUGAAACAAGAACCAACGGAAAAUCACAGGAGCAUGAGUGGGAAAGAUGGCCAGCUUCACCGCCUCUACUUGGACCCUCACAGCAAAGCACGCCUGGCUCAUACACAGGAUGCUGUUCAGGCAGUGGACCGCGCCAGUAAGUACAAAGAAGACAAUCGGCGAAUUCUGAAGGAGAGCAUCGAAGUGGCCCCGUUCACUGCCAAAAUUCAACGCUCCAGAGAACCCGCCGGCCUCGACAGGGAUCGAGAGAGAAGCCGAGAUUCCCCGUUUCCCGUCCAGAUCCCGGCUCUUGCGUCCCUUAGCCCCAAAGCGACCCAUGCGCAUCCCCAUAUUUUCCAGACGGAAAAGAGCAACUAUUUUACCACUUUGUCCAACAGUGUUAUCAAUGACCCCCCUAGACUCUACCCUUCCAAAGAGCUUAGCUCUUACUAUAAGAAGGUGACGGUUGGUGCGCAAGGUGUUGUGACCAGUAUAGGAGAAGCCGCCGUUUCAAGUCAGAGUAGCCUGUCCCUCGGCAACUACAACGCCAAAGUGUCCAUAUCUCGGCCGCCUCCCCUAAUUAAGCAUCACCCGGAGGGCGGUGAGGGUCUCGCGGGGAAAAUGACUGAGCAGCUCAGCCAGCAGGCUACACUAGUCCAACAUCAGCACCACACAGAAAGGAUGGAGCGUUGCAGCCCUGCUAUUUCUCCCUCCUCCUUCUCGACAUCUUCGCUGUCUAACCACCACCCUCAUCAUCACCACCACCACCAGCAGCAGCAGCAGCAGCACCCUCAGCAGCAGCAGCAGCAACACAACCUCAGGGCAAUGCCAUCUCUUCACCGAGCCCCCGUCUUCCAUCCGCCCACUCAGCACGCGCUUGAACGGAAAGAGGCUGCAGAGCGAGAAAAAGAACGGGAGAAGGAAAGGGAGAGAGCUGCAUACGGUGGACGUCUAUCUCCGCCGACUCUCACACCCAUCCAGCCGGUGACCUUAGCGGCAGCUGGUAGUAAAACAUCAGUCGAGCAGCAAAAGCCUCCCACGCUACUGCCGGAACUCAGGGACGUAAAAGGUCACGGAAGUAGUGCCGUCGUUGCCUCGGCUGUCAGCGUGGACAAUAUGACGUCAUCGGGAGGAUGGAGAGCCGGUCAAGACCGAAGAGCGCUCUUCUAUGGAGAGAAAGGAGCGUCACGAGAUAAGCCCCAAUCUGCAAUGGCGUCCGUCAUCGUACGUCCGCCGACGUCCAUGAAGUUUGACAAUCCUGCAAACAAAUCUGGUGCUAUGGCCUCUAAGGAAUUAUCUUUGGGGACUUUCUGCUCAGCUAAGAUUCAGGAGGACAGUCAAAAAGCGGGUGAGGCUUUCAGAGACUAUGGAGUUAUUCAACCCAACUCCAACCUGGAUGACAUGUACAUCCAAUAUAAAAAGAACUCACUUCGUGGCAUGCAGGGGCCUGUGGAAGCCUGUACCACAAACUCUGUUCAUAGGACUGUUGUUUCUCCAUCGAUACAGAAUCGAAUCGACGCGACAACUCUUGAGCUGGGUUACUCCGUCUUAUCUCAUCACGGGCCGGGAGAGCAGCAAGCGGGGGUCGGAUCGCGUACCUCGUCUCCAGGAGGAUCUCUGCCUCAGUCCGGCACGCCGCAAGCCAGCCCUAAUCUCACCCCAAGACCGAGCCCUUGUUCCGGCACCGGUCAGGCUUACUCGCCCUCUUUUGUUCACCUCAAGAAGCACAAAGCUGCAUUGGCGGCAGCAGCUCAAUCGAAAAGCAACCUCUGCACUGGUUCCAUGACUGCCACAACUGGAUCUGCGUUGGUGGAGCAUCCCAUUGAGAAAAGUCAAAACUCCACUCCUCCACCUGCCUCCAGCCAAACGUCAUCUUCAGCAGAUAGCAGUUGCAGCAGCUCAACCAGUGGCAGAACCACACCGGGGAAAUCCAGUCCCUUGCACAAUGGCCAGUCCUCCGGUCCUGCUCCAACAAGUAGCGGCCAGGCCAGUAAUUAUCACAAACUCAAGAAAGCCUGGUUAACGCGGCACUCCGAGGAGGAUAGGAACACCACGGCUACCGGAAGCUCGGCUGGUUCCAAACAGGAGAAAUCGGCCAGCAUCAGCAACGCCACAACAAUGACGGAAAUGAUCAAACCAUGUACUGUCAAUCUCAGCGCCUCCACGUCCAGCGAGGUGGAACUGAGCAAGGACUCUGCCGGCAAAGGAGAACGAGAGAAGCUCUCGGAGGAGAGGACGGGCGGGGGCGAGGAAAGGAAAGCGAGGCGAGGAAGCAAACGCACGUACGAGUCGGCUUCGGAGAGCGGGGGAGAUGACUCGGAUGCUAGCGAGAGCAAGAUGGAAGGCAGAGCCAAGCGCCAGCCCAAACCAACCUACAAGAAGAAGCAGAACGAUAUGGCCAAGAGAAAAGGAGACAAUGACAAGGACGAGGAGGACGUGAAACCCAAUGGCAUCUUUCGAUCUGCCAAAGAGAAGACCAAACUCAAACUGGCCAGUAGCAAUGGGAUCCCACGUUCUGUCCUGAAGGACUGGCGCAAAGUGAAGAAGCUAAAGCAGACGGGGGAGUCUUUCCUUCAGGAUGAUUCUUGUUCCGAAAUCGGGCCCAAUCUGCAAAAGUGUCGGGAGUGUCGGGUCAUCCGCAGCAAGAAAGGGGAGGAGCCGGCGCAUUCUCCUGUCUUUUGCCGUUUCUACUAUUUCAGACGGCUUUCCUUCAGUAAAAAUGGAGUCAUCCGAAUGGAUGGUUUCUCUCCCCCGGACCAGUUUGACGAGGAGGCUCUUGCUUUGUGGAUCCCUGGAGAGAUGGACGAGAGUCACCUGGACCAAACCACAGCCAAGUACAUCCUCAGCUUUAUAGGAGACAUGUUCUGUCAGAUGGUCCUGAUGGAGAAUGCAGCAGCUUCCUGGGUCAAAAAGGAUGGUGUGUCCAAGCUUGUGUGGAAGCGCGCCGUUAAGGGAGUGCGGGAGAUGUGCGACGCCUGCGAGGCAACGCUCUUCAACAUCCACUGGGUCUGUCAAAAAUGUGGCUUUGUGGUCUGCCUGGACUGCUACAAGGCCAAAGAAAAAAGGAGCUCCAAAGAUAAAGAACUAUAUGGCUGGCUGAAGUGUGUGAAAGGCCAGCCUCAUGAUCACAAACACCUCAUGCCAACACAGAUCAUACCUGGCACAGUGCUGACUGAAUUAGUCAGCUCCAUGCAUUCGCUGAGAGAAAAACACAACAUCAAAGUGCGCUGUGCAUGCGCCAGCAAACAGAAUCUUCUCAACAAACUACCAAGCACCAAUGGAGUUUCACAGGUACUGCAGAACGUUCUGAACCACAGCAACAAAUUGUCCCUGGUGAAGACUGAGCCACGCUGUCAACAGAACUGCGACCAAGGAGGAGCUAAAGUCGAGUCCAACGGCGGAGGAGGAAGAAGUCCGGGCAGCGAUGAAGGAAGCGCCGUGACUCCGCCGGAGUCCCAGUCACCUCUGCAUUUCCUCGCCGACCUGGCAGAGCAGAAAUCCAGAGAGGAAAAGAAAGAAAACAAAGAUUCCAUGCUACUGGGGAAAUCUGUGAAAGAAGGGGACAGCCUGGAGGUUCUGCAGCAAUGUAAAACCAAUGUUGCCCUGAUUGGCAACAGCACAGAGCAAGGCUCCACUCUCCGAGAUCUGCUCACCACCACUGCAGGAAAACUCAAGAUGGGCUCCACCGAUGCUGGAAUCGCCUUUGCGCCAGUCUACUCGUCCGCUUCGCAGACUGGAAAAGGUGGCCGAAGCAUGCCUAAUAUCCUCGAUGACAUCAUCGCCUCGGUUGUGGAGAACAAAAUCCCCGCCAGUCGCCAGACUAUCGCCACAAAGCUUUCAAUCAAGCAAGAGCCCGUCAUCAACGUCAACAACAGCAGCAACCCUGCGCCCGCUGUGCCAGACGACAUCAAAACGGACAAGAAGAAGUCCACGCCUGUCACGACAGUCAUUGCAGAGGAUUCGUCCAAUCUGUAUCCAGAUAUUCCUCACUGCUGGCUAAAUCACGGACGACUACUUUGGCUCAAGGAUCACCGGAACCAGAAUAACUGGAAGCUCUUUAGGGAAUGCUGGAAACAGGGACAGCCCGUAUUGGUUUCUGGGAUCCAUAAGCGUCUGAACGCCACCCUGUGGAAAGCCGACUCUUUCAAUCAAGAGUUUGCAGACCAUCAGGGGGAUCUUCUCAAUUGUAAAGACCAAGUGGUCUCCAACUCAGGGAUCAAAGAGUUCUGGGAUGGAUUUGAGGACAUCACCAAACGACUCAAGUCCAAGGAUGGGGAACCUGUGGUUUACAGACUGAAGGACUGGCCUUCUGGAGAGGAGUUCAUGGCUCUCAUGCCUUCAAGGUAUGAUGACUUAAUGAAGAACCUGCCGCUGCCCGAGUAUUCGGAUCCAGAAGGAAGCCUAAACUUAGCAUCUCAUCUGCCGUCUUUCUUCGUCAGGCCAGAUUUGGGACCAAGACUCUGCUGUGCCUAUGGUGUAGCUGCAUCUCAGGACCAGGACUUUGGGACUGCCAACCUUCAUGUCGAAGUCUCAGAUGUGGUCUCUAUUCUAGUAUACGUCGGAGUGGCCAAAGGCAAUGGAGUCUUGUCCAAAACUGGCGUGUUAAAGCGCCUGGAAGAGGACAAUCUGGAUGAGGGGGUUCGGAAAAGGCUGAAGGACUCCAGUGAAACACCGGGGGCACUAUGGCACAUCUACCUCAACAAAGAUAUGGACAAAGUCCGGGAGUUCUUGUACAAGCUCUGUAAGGAGCAGGGAUUGGAUGUAUCAGUGGACCAGGAUCCAAUCAGAGAGCAAGGCUGGUACUUGAGCAAGAAACAGCGGCAGCAGCUUUUGGACGAGCACGGGGUGCAGGGUUGGACCGUCGUUCAAUUCCUGGGAGACUCUGUUCUAAUACCAGCUGGCUCGAUGCAUCAGGUCCAGAACCUUCACAGCUGUGUUCAGGUCAUCAAUGACUUUGUGUCUCCUGAGCAUGUGGCCAAUUCCUUCCAUCUGACCCAGCAGCUCAGACCCAACAAUGAAGAAGUCAACUAUGAAGACAAACUGCAGGUGAAGAACAUCCUGUACCACUGUGUCAAAGAGGCUGUGGGCUCCUUAAAACGGAGCCUUUCCGAGGAGGAGGAAGAAGAAGAGAACUCAUAACGGCCCCUCUCCGAGACCUGAUUGCAGGAGUAGAGCUGCUUAUGGAGACUCCCUGGUUGGCUGACAUUCACGUAGCCAAGAGGCAAAGUCAAAAAGAGGCGGGUCUACUGGACAGAUUGGGGUUCAACCAUCCACUGAAGACUGAAGGAAAAAAAACAACAACAACAGAAUGUUGGGAGCCACGUUUGAAGACUUCGCUUCUUGAGUGGAACUGUCAUGUGAGCCCAAGUGCUGCUUUGGGCGGCAGGAGCGACUCGACUGAAGGUGCUGGGUUCCGCCCUGUUCAACUGCAGCAAGAGCCCAUACGGUAAAGUGAUUCAUUUCUUUUGCUGAUUACAAAAGCAUCACCAGCAGCAAGCCACUUCAGGACUGUCAGGACUGUCAGGACUGACGGUCGGCGGUGGGACGCGGAUGGAAUUUACGAGAAG